AAAGGGUGCCUUCUUCCUAUAUAAACCAAGCCAAACUUAUACCCUCUUCCACCACUUGAAACCGUCCAUCUCCCACUUCCCUCCGUUCCAGGUGAGCUGCUAAUGAGCUCGCCGGCCGUUCUUUUGCUUCUGCUGCUCGUCGCGCCGGCGGCGACGGUGUUGGCUUGGAGGCCGUGGCCGCAAGCUGUGCUGAACGCCACCAACAUCACCGGAAAUGGAGGUGGGACGAUGACGGAUAUCGGGGUGUCCAAGAAGUACGAGGGCUCGUCGGAGUUCGUCCACCUGAUGUACCAUAUGGGCCCCGUUCUCACAACCAACAUCACCAUUUACCCCAUCUGGUACGGCGCAUGGAACCCCUCCCAGAAGCGAAUCCUCCGCGCCUUCCUACGCUCCAUCUCGCCGGCCGACCCCGCCGCCGUCCCCUCCCCCUCCGUCGCCGCCUGGUGGCGCACCGUGCAGCUCUACGGCGACCAGACCGGCGCCAACGUCUCCCGCACCGUCCUCCUCGGCGCCGAGAAGGACGACCGCCGCUACUCCCACGGCAAAUCCCUCACCCGCCUCUCCAUCCAGUCCGUCAUCGGCGCCGCUAUCACCGCCCGGACCCGCCCCCUCCCCGUCAACCCACGUGGAGGCCUUUACCUUCUCCUCACCUCCACCGACGUCGCCGUCCAGGACUUCUGCGGCCAGGUCUGCGGCUUCCACUACUUCACCUUCCCAUCCAUCGUGGGCUACACUCUCCCCUACGCGUGGGUCGGCAACUCCGCCGCGAAAUGCCCUGGGGUUUGCGCCUACCCCUUCGCUGUGCCGGACUACGUUCCCGGAGCUCGGUCGGCGGGGCAGCCGCCGAAUGGGGACGUGGGGGUGGAUGGGAUGGUGAGCGUGGUGGCGCACGAGCUGGCGGAGAUGGCGUCGAACCCGCUGGCGAACGCGUGGUACGCCGGCAGCGACCCGAGCUUCCCGACGGAGAUCGCCGACCUCUGCGAGGGGAUCUACGGGACCGGCGGCGGCGGGGCGUACACCGGCCAGAUCCUGGUGGAUAGCCGGAGCGGCGCGGCGUACAACCUGAACGGCGUCGGCGGGAGGCAGUUCUUGGUGCAGUGGAUCUGGAACCCCAUCCUCAACUACUGUUCCGGCCCCAAUGCCCUCGAUCAAUAACAUUAUUAGAUUAAGGGGGAAAAAAGAAAAAAAUAUGGUGUUUUAUUUACUUAAUUAUAGUUCUUACUAAGGUUUUAAGUAAUCCCCUCCCUCUCUUGGAGCCACUUGUUUUCGAGGGGUCAGCACUCCUACAGUAGUUAGGGGCUGAUUAAUAACACGAAAAGGGUGGGGAGGAGUACUUUGAUAUUUUGGUAUGUUUUGUUUGUACAGAGGCAGGAGUAGGAUGGGAUCUGCUCUUGUUUUUGCUUUUAACUGCCAUCGCUCUAUAGUUUUUUA